AUGGUCAGAAAAGGCAAUGAGGAGAAAAGAAAGGAACAAAUAAUAUCACAGAAAAAUGAGCAAAUAAGGAAAAUUUCACAAAAGAUAGAGAAAACGAGCUUAGAGCUUAAAAAAGCAAAAACUGGUAACAACAAAAAUGAUGCCCAACCGAAAAAAGGAAAGAUAGGUAAACGAUCAGGAAAAAUAAAAAAAUGGAAAGCGAUCAUUGAAAUACCAGUUUUACCAGAAAUUCCCAGUGACGAUCCAAACUUUAAUGACGCACGUGACAUAUUUUUCUACGAUAUACCAAAAUAUUGGAGCGAAGAAGAAAUUAGGACAAAUCUGAUGAAAAUAGGAAAAGUGGUCAGAAUACAAACUAGAGGACAAUUCAAAUACAAAACCGUGAAGGUAAAACUUGUUUUGAACAAAAAUUUUGAGAAAACUUUCAAAGAAGGGCACUUCGGAAUUUGUAUUAGCAAACAUUUCAUCAGAUGGUACGAUGCGAAGAUAGAUUUGAAAGGACGGCAAGAACGCGAUAGAUGGCAAGCAGUAAGAGACCUAACUAACAAAGAAAUGGAUGAAAUCAAGACUGGAAGUAUUUAUGAUUUUACGAAACAGUUGCAACAAACCUCCAGAAGCACAUUCAUCAAAAUUAUCAAAAUCACAAAAAAUUGGAAAGUGAUUGGAUAUUUUAAGAACCAAAAGGAAAUGGAGGAAGUCGUGCACACAAGGCGAUAUAAACUGGGUAUGGCUAGUCAGGAACAAGAAAACAAUAUAUAG